GCCCCCGCGCGCCGGCAGCUCUAGGGGCGAGCGCGGCGCACUGACUGGGCGUGCUCAGCCGCGGAGCGCCCGGGCGCCGCUGGAGCCAAGCGCAUGCACUCGCCGGGCGGGGCCGUCCAGGGGCGCAGCGCGCAGGGGGCCGCUCUAGCCGACGCCCUGGCCAGUCUGGGCAGGACGCGGGCCAGGAUGGCCUCCCUCACCGCAUACGACAAAGAUGUGAGCAGCGGAAGUUAUAACCUUUCCUCUGCAACAACGGGCAGCUACUACAGUUGUGUCAGCCAGAUCACCAUAGGUUAUGACGUUGCCGGGCCUGUGGCAAUUGGGCUUACCCACUGGAAAAAUCCAUACGUACAAGGCAGACCAACCCUCCCAUCAGAUCUGCCUCUCUUUGUCUCCAAAGAUGCAGGCAUCCCUGUGUACCACCGAUCCUUCACCCGUAAGACUGACCAGGCCACACCUUUGUCCUGUCCAGCCUCACUGUCUAUCACUCCAGUGCCUUCUUACAGCAGUAGCAGCCAGGAAACCCUGAGUCAAGACACAACAGGUUUAAGUUUAUCUAUUCAUGGGGCUGAAAAGUGUUUGCAAAUCCAUCAACGGCGAAGUGUGGCAAGCCGCCCAGCGUCACGUCGUCGCCUGCCUGUGGUCAGGCAUUCCUCACUCCCACCAGGCAGAAGGUCAAUAAAAAUGGAGGCGAGCUCUUCUGGAAUCACUAAUGGAAAAACCAAAGUCUUCCACCCAGUGGCCAAGGAUGUCAAUAUUCUUUUUGAUGAAUUAGAAGCUGUCAGCAGUCCUUGCAAAGAUGACGAUUCUCUUCUUCACCCUGGAAACCUGACUAGUACUUCAGAUGAUGCCAGCAGAUUGGAAGCCGGGGGAGAGACAGUGCCAGAAAGAAACAAAUCAAAUGGACUUUACUUUAGAGAUGGAAAGUGUCGAAUUGACUACAUCCUUGUGUACAGAAAAUCCAACCCCCAGACUGAAAAGAGAGAAGUAUUUGAAAGAAAUAUUAGAGCAGAAGGAUUGCAAAUGGAGAAAGAGUCCUCUCUAAUAAAUAGUGACAUUAUCUUUGUGAAGUUGCAUGCCCCAUGGGAAGUCCUUGGAAGAUAUGCAGAACAAAUGAAUGUAAGAAUGCCUUUCAGGAGAAAAAUCUAUUACCUGCCCCGCCGUUACAAGUUCAUGAGCAGGAUCGAUAAACAAAUAAGCAGGUUUCGGAGAUGGUUACCUAAGAAGCCAAUGAGGCUGGACAAGGAGACACUGCCAGACCUGGAGGAGAAUGACUGCUACACUGCCCCUUUCAGCCAGCAAAGGAUCCAUCACUUCAUCAUACACAACAAAGAAACGUUCUUCAACAAUGCCACAAGAAGUAGAAUCGUGCAUCACAUUUUACAAAGAAUAAAAUAUGAAGAAGGAAAAAACAAGAUUGGUCUGAAUCGUUUGCUUACCAAUGGCUCCUAUGAAGCUGCAUUUCCCCUGCAUGAGGGAAGUUAUAGAAGUAAAAACUCCAUUCGAACCCAUGGAGCAGAAAACCACCGACAUCUACUCUAUGAGUGCUGGGCCUCCUGGGGUGUGUGGUAUAAAUACCAACCUUUGGAUCUUGUAAGGCGGUACUUUGGAGAGAAGAUUGGGUUAUAUUUUGCCUGGUUGGGCUGGUACACCGGCAUGCUCUUCCCAGCUGCCUUCAUUGGAUUGUUUGUCUUUUUGUAUGGUGUCACCACUCUGGAUCACAGCCAAGUCAGUAAAGAAGUCUGCCAAGCUACAGAUAUCAUCAUGUGUCCUGUGUGUGAUAAAUACUGUCCAUUCAUGAGGCUGUCAGACAGCUGUGUAUAUGCCAAGGUAACCCACCUUUUUGACAAUGGAGCCACUGUCUUCUUUGCUGUUUUCAUGGCAGUCUGGGCAACAGUUUUCCUGGAGUUUUGGAAAAGACGGCGAGCAGUAAUUGCUUAUGACUGGGAUUUGAUAGACUGGGAAGAAGAGGAGGAAGAAAUACGACCCCAGUUUGAAGCCAAGUAUUCCAAGAAAGAGCGGAUGAAUCCAAUUUCUGGAAAGCCAGAACCUUAUCAAGCAUUUACAGAUAAAUGCAGCAGACUUAUCGUUUCUGCAUCUGGAAUAUUUUUUAUGAUCUGCGUGGUGAUUGCUGCCGUGUUCGGGAUCGUCAUUUACCGGGUGGUGACUGUCAGCACUUUCGCUGCCUUUAAGUGGGCGUUAAUCAGGAAUAACUCUCAGGUUGCAACCACAGGAACUGCUGUGUGCAUCAACUUUUGUAUCAUUAUGUUGCUGAACGUGCUCUAUGAAAAAGUUGCCCUGCUUCUGACGAAUUUAGAACAGCCUCGCACAGAGUCUGAGUGGGAGAACAGCUUCACCCUGAAAAUGUUUCUUUUUCAGUUUGUCAAUCUGAACAGCUCCACGUUUUACAUCGCAUUCUUCCUCGGAAGAUUUACAGGACACCCAGGUGCCUACUUGAGGCUGAUAAACAGAUGGAGACUAGAAGAGUGCCACCCUAGUGGAUGCCUUAUUGAUCUGUGUAUGCAAAUGGGUAUUAUAAUGGUGCUAAAGCAGACCUGGAAUAAUUUCAUGGAACUUGGCUACCCGUUAAUUCAGAAUUGGUGGACUAGAAGAAAAGUACGACAAGAACAUGGAUCUGAAAGGAAAAUAAGUUUCCCACAAUGGGAAAAGGACUAUAACCUUCAGCCGAUGAAUGCCUAUGGACUCUUCGAUGAAUACUUAGAAAUGAUUCUUCAGUUUGGAUUCACAACUAUCUUUGUGGCAGCUUUUCCCCUAGCACCACUUCUGGCCUUACUGAAUAACAUAAUUGAAAUUCGACUUGAUGCUUACAAAUUUGUCACACAGUGGAGGAGACCUUUAGCUUCAAGGGCCAAAGACAUAGGAAUUUGGUAUGGAAUUCUUGAAGGCAUUGGAAUUCUCUCUGUUAUUACAAAUGCAUUUGUCAUAGCGAUAACAUCUGACUUUAUCCCUCGCUUGGUGUAUGCUUAUAAGUAUGGACCUUGUGCAGGCCAAGGAGAAGCUGGGCAAAAGUGCAUGGUUGGCUAUGUGAAUGCCAGCUUGUCUGUAUUUCAAAUUUCUGACUUUGAGAACCGAUCUGAGCCUGAAUCUGAUGGCAGUGAGUUCUCGGGGACUCCUCUUAAGUACUGCAGAUACCGGGACUACCGUGACCCGCCUCAUUCAUUGGUGCCCUAUGGCUACACACUGCAGUUUUGGCAUGUCCUAGCUGCUCGAUUAGCUUUUAUCAUUGUCUUUGAGCACCUCGUGUUUUGUAUAAAGCACCUCAUUUCAUAUCUGAUCCCAGACCUCCCAAAAGACCUAAGGGAUCGAAUGAGAAGAGAGAAGUACUUGAUUCAGGAGAUGAUGUAUGAAGCAGAACUGGAACGUCUCCAGAAGGAACGAAAGGAGAGGAAGAAGAACGGAAAAGCACACCACAACGAGUGGCCGUGACCAUGUAGGCGAGAGGUGUGCUCAGCGUCUGAGGCCAGUCCGAGGUUGAGUGGGUGCUUUAAACUCCCUGAAGCAAAGCUUACCAUUGUUGCAGUAACAGGGAUCAAAAUAAACUCCUUAGAAGCUUCCCAAUCCAAAAGAAGCUUGUUUUUUACUUUAAUCAUUGCAAAUUUUGCUUGAUCUUCCCUUCCCACAUACCUUCUGCAACACUUCUCUGCCUUCUUGACAGACUCUGGCCUAUGAGUCAAGGUCUUCAUGAGUUGGCCUAGGAGUUCCCUGAAACAAAGCUUCCUCUCUCUUUUCCUUCAGCUGGGCUGUUUUCUUUAAUAUCCCCAGGGAAACAUGCCCCUUCUUUCUAGGUGGGUGGGAGACAUUAGCAAAGAGAAUUCUUCCUGAAAGCCUCAGUGGCCAGAGACCAAGGUGCAACAGGGCUGUCCUGGGCUACAGGACCAGUAACUGAUGAAGAAUUUCUUCUGGCCCCACCACUACUGGCUGCUUUCUUCCCAAAAAGGCCAUUUCUAAUUUUUGCUUGAAAGCAUAAUAUCUGCCUGUCUGUUUCUAUUUCCCUAAUAGUUGGCAGGAUGUGAUGUUGCUUCAGACUGCCCUUCUGACUCAGUCUGUUCACCCGUAAAGCAAGCAUAAAAAUAUUUAUACCAUCCCUGACUCUGUUUGGGGUUACAAAUUCUUUGAAUGCCUUUGGUGCAUGGUAAGUACAAAUCAUUGCACCUCAUGUUUUAAAGCAAUGUGUAUACAUAAGAUCUUUAUGCCUUCUUUUCUCUUUCCAGAAAAUAGUCCCUUUCCAGGCCAAGGACCUGAAUUCUGUUUACUUCUCCUGGCUGUGCAAAAGCACACUCAAGUGAAUGACUAAAAAUGCAACCGCAGUGCAUGUUGCAAAUACCGGCGGCUGCAGGAGGGUCACCGUCCAGUAGAGGACUGGCGUUGGAGUCACACUGCUGUGAAAUCACGUUGCAGUCCAGCACACAAUUGCUAUCUAUCCAUAGACCAUUCUUGACCAAGCAAGCAUGCACAUUAUGGGCAGUUACAUUCUCAAGUUUUUAAAAUCAAGGGGAACUUGUAUACUGGGCCUGUUUUUCAGCCUGUUUGCUACCUUUUUUGCAUUCUAUCCCAUGUGAAUUUUACAGACACUGGGCUAAAAAGUGUAUUCAGACACAUGGACACACAUUCCUAGAAUGUCAUCAUAUGGUCCUAAUUCCAUGUCACCAACAACACAGACAAGACCCUGUUUACAACUUUUUCUUUCCUUCUUUUUAAUUUUAGACCUUUCUGAGAAGAUUAUUAUAUAUGACAUAUCUAUAGCUAUGUGUAUGGCCAUAGAUGUAUUUCUGUGUGUACAUAUGUAUAGUCAUGUAUUCCUGCAUAUGUACAUACAAAUACAGAGAUAUAUAAAGUACAUAGAAAUUCCUUACUUGUAAAUAGCCAAAAAGUACUGACAUGAAUGAAUUUUCACAUUUAAAUAGUCAUCAAUAUGAAGCCAUGAUUAAUGCUUGUAUAAUGUGAUGCAAUA